GAUUCAUUUGUUUUAGUGAGGUUUUAGUGAGAUUACAAAUUGAGUAGCUGAAUAUUUCAGUUAGUCGAUUAUGGACAAGUGCAAAGUCAAUGAAUGCCAAUAAAAAUUUAUCAAUAUUAAUAAAUAUUGGAGGGGAGUUUAAAGUUGAAGUGAAUACAGCAAUGGGUAAGAGCAAAUGGAAAAAAGCGGGCACGUGAGGAUAAAAUGGAAAUGAAAAAAAUAAAAAAAAUGCCUAAAAAAGCAAGUUUGAAAGAAAAGAUAAAAGCAAGAGAAAGAGAAGGAGAAAGAUUGGUUCGUGACAAGAGUGUGGUGAAGAUAAUGAAUAUAAUAAUGAGUGGUACAUCGGAUCGAAUAACGAUUAAUUUGACGCAGAUUUUGACGGCAUUUGGACUCUCAUUGUUUACUGGGUGCUGUAUUGGAGCGUUGCUAGUAAAGAACUAUGGGUGUUCUCCUAAAAAGAGCUAUAAAAGAAAGAGAAAUGACAAGGAUAAGGAUAAGUUGAGCGUGAAUAAAGUGGGUAGUGUGAAUAAAGUGGGUAGCGUGAAUAGCGCGGAUGAUGCAAAGAAAGGGAAAGAGAUGAAGAAGGAAGAAACGUCGGACACUUCGUCUGGAUACGAAAACGACGACGAAUUCUCGGAGGAAGAGGAAGAAGAAGGGUCUGGGAUGCAAUCGCAGGGUGGCGAAGUGCGCGAGAUGUUUGGAAACGUUGGGGGAGAGGUGCGAAUGGCGUUGGUGGUGCGCAAGGACUUGAAGAUGACCAAGGGCAAGGUGGCAGCACAAUGCGGACACGCAGCAGUUGGGUGUUACAAAAGGGUGCUCAGCUGGGGAAUGAACAACCCGUUGGUGAAGCGGUGGGAGCGAGGAGGCCAGGCGAAGAUCGCGUUGCAGUGCCGCGACGAGGAGGAGAUGAAGCAGUUGUACCACAAAGCGAGCGGGAUGGGAAUCACGAGCGUGAUCAUCCACGACGCUGGAAGAACCCAGAUUGCAGCAGGGUCAGCGACUGUGCUCGGGUUGGGGCCUGCUCCUAAGAGCGUGUUGGACAAAGUUACUGGAGGAUUGAAGCUUUUCUAGCCUACAAGCUGGGGUGUGUUAUGUAAGCAGAAGGGUCGUGCUGAUCAUAAUGCAAAUGAGAGCAGGUGAUCUUGAAGGAAGCCGGAUAUCGAUCCAUGUAAAGUGUGUUUGAUAUUAUUGCCUUUUCAAAUCACAUUGAUCAUGCCAUUUGAUAGCGGACUAGGAAAUUGAUCUAAAAGUACCUAAUUACUGUAAACGAUUGUUUGAUAUUUUAAUAGAACUUCUAAAUGUUGCAAUAGUACCAAAUAGCGAUAAUAUGACUUGAUAAAUCAAAAAAAC